AUGGAAAGGCUCUGCUCGCUUAUCAGCGCCUACUUGAUAGAGGAGAUGGAUUGUUCGGCUUUAGCAUUGUCAGAAUAUGUUUAUAGAGAGAAGAAGACCGAUGCAACAAUUAUGUUGCUGCUCAAGUCGAUGUACAAAUUGUCAUGCUAUGAAAGAUGCAUCGAAACAAUCGAGCUGAACAGUUCGGUGAUGAGGAUUCAUGAGGCUAGAAUAAUAUACUAUAGAUGCAAGCUCCUGACAGGAAAGAAAAACAAAGGUCUUCUUACAACCAUGGAAUGCGAUGAGGAGGUGGAGAAGUAUCCUCCUACCGAGAUAUCCAAGAGGAGCGUCAGGUUACUUUUUGAGGGGCUGACAAAGGAAGAUGUAAAAAAGAAAGAAAUCCUUUUAGAAGCUUACAGAUCAGAUAAUAACAACUUGGAAGCAUUGCUAAGAAUGAAGAACGAUUCCCUGAUAAAUAAGAAAGAGCUCCUCAUGCUUAUGGAUGAAUGUGAAGAUAAGUUCAUGCAAAAUGUUUACAUGGAGAUAUUUUAUCCAUCUUUUGAGACAGACUUUUAUUUCCUGCCUUUCUAUUCACCAUGGUAUGGAGUCAAGCUAGCCAAGCAGUACUACAAAAGCGGAAAAGAUAUGCUGUUAUUUAACCUGGGCACUACGAUGGUAAAAUUAUAUCCUAACUCUGAGCAUUCCUUCGUUGCCCUAGGAUUGUUCUUCUUGAUGUCGUCUAACUAUUCAGAAGCUAGGAGAUGUUUCUACAAAGCCGUUCAGAUAAACAAUGACUACGGAAGGGGAUGGUUAUACCUUGGAAUGGCCUACUCUGGAAUAAAGGAAUGUGAAAGUAGUAUAGCAUGCUUGAACAUAGCCUACAAGGUAAUGAUAGGGUCUUACAAGCCAGCCUUUUACUUGGCAAAGGAGUACCACCGAAUGAACAACUUUGAAAGGGCAUCAUUCUUUUACAAGCACGCUCUUGGAAUAAACUCGUCUGUCAAGGUCCAGGAAAGAUACAUAUCACUCCUCAUAUACUACGAAUAUUAUCCAGAGGCCCUGAGUUACCUAGCAGCUCAGAAGAACAGCUUACUGGGGCUAUUAAGGGUCUAUUGUAAUCUGUUUUUGGGGAAAGUUACAGAAGCGCAGAAAUAUCUUUCAUCGUGCCAAACAGAUUGGAGAUACUAUGCUACUGCUGGAUUUAUAGACCAUCUAUUGAAUAACCUCGACUCUGCAGCAGAUAACUACAACAAGGCUCUUCUGAAAACCCAUGUGAAUCUAGUUGAGGAACUUCUUGGCCUCGCUGUAGAAAAUAUGACGUGCAAACAAAACAAUAAUGUCUAUGACUAUGCUACCGACUUGUUUGACAACAUGAUUCCUAAAUAUUCCUUUGAAACUAUUUAA